GUGCCCGCGCGGCGGCGGCCAUGCUGCUGCCGCUGCUCCGCUGCGGCUUGAGGGCGGCCGGCUGGGGGUUGUGCCGCCCGGGGGCGGCGGCGGCGGCGUGCGGCUGGCCCGGGCCCCGGCCCCGGCCCCUGCCGCGGCCGCCUCACGUUCUUACCAUGGCUGAAGAGCUGAGGGCAGCAGUUGCCAGUCAGCCAAAGAGACCGGCGAGCAGCAGUGAGGAGCCUGAAAAGCUAGAAGAAAAUGGACACCAACCCAAAAGGUUGAAGAGAGAUGUGGGUGAGGAGGAUGUGGAGGAUCAGAAUAAAAAAUCACCCAAAAGGAAGAUUGUGCUGUUGAUGGCGUAUUCAGGGAAAGGCUACCAUGGGAUGCAAAGAAAUGUCGGAUCUUCGCAGUUCAAGACAAUUGAAGAUGACUUAGUAUCUGCCCUUGUUCAGUCAGGCUGUAUCCCAGAAAACCAUGGGGAAGAUAUGAAGAAAAUGUCUUUUCAGCGAUGUGCUCGAACAGAUAAGGGUGUAUCUGCAGCUGGACAGAUUGUGUCACUAAAGGUCAGGCUAAUAGAUGACAUCUUAGAAAAGAUCAAUAGCCAUCUUCCUUCUCACAUCAGAAUUCUGGGGCUGAAGAGAGUCACUGGAGGAUUCAACUCCAAGAACAAAUGUGAUGCUAGAACCUAUUCUUACAUGCUGCCAACAUUUGCCUUUGCCCAUAAAGACCAUAAUGUGCAAGAGGAGGCUUAUCGACUGAACAGCGAGACCCUUGAAAAAGUCAACAAACUGCUUGCUUGUUACAAAGGAACACACAACUUCCACAACUUUACGUCUCAGAAGGGACCCAAGGACCCCAGUGCGAAGCGGUACAUUAUGGAAGUGUGCUGUGGAGAGCCAUUUGUGAGGGAAAAUAUAGAAUUUGCAGUGAUCAGAGUGAAAGGUCAGAGUUUCAUGAUGCACCAAAUAAGGAAGAUGAUUGGGCUGGUGAUAGCUGUUGUGAAAGGUUAUGCUGCUGAGUCUAUCAUAGAGCGGAGUUGGGGAGAGGAGAAAGUAGAUGUCCCCAAAGCUCCAGGACUUGGGCUGGUCUUGGAAAGAGUACAUUUUGAAAAAUACAACAGACGUUUUGGAAAUGAUGGGUUGCAUGAACCACUGGAGUGGAGAGAGGAGGAAGAGAAGAUUGCUAUUUUCAAAGAGCAGUAUAUCUAUCCUACCAUUAUCAAUACAGAAAGGGAGGAGAAAUCCAUGAUGAACUGGUUAAACACCCUUCCCAUUCAUGACUUCAACUCUUCUGCAUCUGAGAUGCAAGCUAACAACAAAAAUUCAAAGAACAGCAGUGAUUUCGAAGGCAGUGAUGGUUGUGAUGGUGAUUCUGAGUAAGCCAGUAAGUGGCUGGAUCUGGGACCGUUACCUCUUGCAAUUUGUUUUGUCUAGAAAAAAAGUGGCCUUUAAGUCCAAGAAUCCAGUAAAGCAGAGGUUUGCAUGCAUGCAGAACCAGGAAUCAGAUGCCCAAUAGAAAUUGGGUGGGGAAAACUGCAGAAGAAAAAGUAGAAAAAGUUGUUUAUACCACUGACUGAUUCAUCUGCCUGGAAUACUUGAAAAUAAUGUAAUGAAAAAAAGAUGCUUUUGAAAAGAAUCUUGUAUUGCAAGAAAUCUUAAUUGCUAUUUGAAUAAUGCUUUUAUUACACGGUUACCUGGAAAAUAGUAUUUUAAAUAUGUAUAAUCUCUACAUACAGAUGGGGCAAAACAUUUUAAUAUACAUUUUUUGAAUUAGUAUUAAGCAGUUAUGACUCCAUGAACUUUUGAGGGUUUUUAUUUUCUUCACCUUUAAUGAACCUGAUCUCUAAACACUAUUAAGUUCCUAUUUUGUUUUUCCAUGUCAUCCAUGACUUUCUUGUGGAAUAAUAUGCGUGGGUUAGCGUUCAUUAUCAUGUUGACUGUUCCGAAUUCUGUUGCCAUAGAAUGUUUUGUUUUCUAAAGCUUUGCAAGCCUAAAAAGAAUUAAGAUUCCUUACUCACCGAGAGCUUUUAAUUUUCAGAAGUGUACUGAACCAUGUAUUUUUAAGACCAGAUGUUUUAUUUGGAAGAUGUUUUCAUUCCAAUAUUGCCCUUAUACUUGGGCAGACUCAAGAAAAUAGAUCCACUGCUACAAAUGUAAUUGGACAUCUCCUGCCUGAAGAAUUGUUUCAUAGAUCUGUAGUUGAGAUUUGAGGAGGAAACUAAAUGAACUGCUAGGAUUGCAAACCAAAGUGUGCAGCUGUGAAAGUUUGUGUUGCCUAUGGUAGAUCACUAAAUGUGUUGCUGCUAGUUUGUUUCUGGUUUUAGUGGAAACUAGCUAGCCAUCUGCUAGAUUUUUGGAUAGAUAGUUUGAAUCAACUUGUGAAAGCAAUGGUUUGUAUUUUCUCUGGGCUUUAAUCAAGUCUGCAUUCAUUUUGUGUGAACUUUCACUUCCCAUGAAGCUGCUCAAAAUAGAGGAAUUUGUGCAAUGAUAUGGGAAUCAGUCUAAGGACUGUAUUCCUCUUGAAAUCAACCUUUUCCUGUUCUGGGGGAUCUAAACAGUUUGGAGUUCUUGCUCUCCUUUCCUCAACUGUGGCUUACGUUCUGGUUCUUGGUUACAAUUCUCUGAGGAGGUGGUAGGAGAAAAAAAGUAAUGUUAGUGGCUCUUCUGCUCUCCCUAAGCACAGAACACUUUGGAAAGGUGGUCAGAGUGGAGUAAGUUUCUCCAAGUUUUUGGACUUUGGCAAGCUUUCUUGAUAGACAUCCUCUCCUGGGUUUGUAUGGAGACUUGCUUCAUAAUUUAAAAGCUCACCUUCUGUGACAAAUUCCUAAGGUAGAAAGGCAGUACUCUCUCAUUUAGAUAUUCAAACAAGCACACUUGCCCUCCCAGCUCAGGACACAGGUCAGCACUCUGUGCCUAAGGCUGUGAACCAAACCUUGUGGUCCGUACUGAAUGUCGUAGUUCACGUUUGGAGCUGUUGUCUCCUUGUUCCUAUAUUCAGUGAUUUCUGCCCAAGGUUUCUAGUUUUAUGGCUCCUUCUAGGAAUUGCUGUGCUUUAAAAAGGAUUAGCUUGUUAGUUUCCUCUGGGUUUUAGUUAAAGUUUACAGUUUCUAUCUUGAAGGCCUUGCUCUGUGUUUGCUUAAUCAGUGUGAGACUCUAAGAGAUCUGUCUGUUCUGGAGAAGGAGUCUACAUAGGCUUGUAUUUCCAUCCCUUGCUAGUUUGUACAAUUGAUCCAGACAUAACAGUCUUCUCUCCAAGGCUUUUUCUAUCCCUGUCAAUCAGAGAGAUACACCUUUGCUCAUAAUAAAGGCCCUCAAACUGA